AUGCGACAAGAGACCCUUGCGGGCCAGGUGGAGACCAUCGGGGAAAGCAAGGCUCUGACAUCUCGAGCUUUCGGGAUUUUGGGUCUGAAGUCACCUCGUCACAAGCAUGAGAACCUGCUCCAGGAUGUGAGAGACGAGUCCUUGAAAGUUCUGCACCCGACAAACAAGCGACUCGACAUUGUCGGUGCGCCGUGCAAAUUUGCUCGUCAGCUUGGGUUGUGGUGUACCAUAUAUGGGCUAUCGGCCGUUGACCGCCUUCUUCUUACGAUAAGAGACGUCGCCGAUGCCGGUUUUGAUGCCCCGGCUGGUGUUGACAUAAACCAAUUGUGUUUUUUUGAAGCAAAGCACUUAUAUCUCCACCAAUCCCGCAAGCCAGACCUCGCCUUCACGACGGAUGGCAAGCACCUCGUGUCCCUGUCGAGUAUGCCCGACUCCACAGCCCAGCACCUGGCGUUCGCUUUAUUGGGGGGAAUGAGGGCUCGGACGGUCAAGCUUCAGCAUAGGAACAGAGGGGUCUCUUACUGGCGCUGGGAUGUCGAGAAGCUGAUGUCCUCUCACGACAUGCAGAUUCCGGUCAACCGGCUCCUAGUGAAUCCGAGCACCGCGACGCAGUUCUCCGUCGGAGGGUACUCCUACCUCCGACUCUGGGACUACAAUCCCAACGAUCAUGGCCUGAACGAGAACCCUUCCCUGUUCCCGCUCAAGCAGGAGAAGCAGAUGAAGGCAGUGUCGAAUCGUCGUGGAGCACUGCUGGGUGCUGUCCGUUUUCCUCUGCGCCGCGUCGGAGGGCAGUGGGACAUUUAUGACAGGGACGUCGAAGCGACCCGUAAAGCUGAAGAGACAGCGACCGGGUGGCAGGAUGGGCAUGUCUUCGUUUUCGAAGAUGGAGAACUUCGUGAGGACAGCUGA